AUGGCCCUAAUGUUUUCAGGUAAAAAAAGAACUACUUUAAAUGGGGAGCUGAAGGCGAUAACAGCGUAUUACUUGAGACAAGAUGUUUGUGAGAGCUUAGAAGAAGAGAGUGGUUCUUCUCACAUAUACUGGCAGAUUAACAAGGCUCCGUUCUCUGGUAGCAACAUUGUGAAAGUGUUUCCAAAUGAUCCAAAAUUCAAGCCUGGAAUUUCAUCAAGCUAUGGUAAAGGGUUUAUGAAGAAAAGCACAAAGCUCACCGUAUCUGCUGAUCUGGUUAUACCUCCGAUGAAUUCAUCUUCGGCCAUUGGCUUGUUGAAGAAGCUGAAGGUAGACUGCAGUGAUCUUGAGGAGAAUCAGAUUAACAUUUCCAGAGAAGAGCUAAUCAGCAUUCUCACUCUCAGAGCUUCCUUGAUCUCGUCCUCUGCAUUGACCAAUGGUCUCUCAAGCUUGCUCGUCAAGAAACCAAAGAAAGAAACUUGA